AUGGCUUUUCGAGCAACUAGCAGCGGGAAAAAGAAAAUCAAAAAAAUUAGAAAACCCACCUUCCUUCCUUGUUUCCCCUCUUUAGCUUUGGGUGUGUUAUUUUACCAAAAAAAUCUUCUCCGGUCUUCCUCCACCUCCCUACAUCGAGUGUUGCUUGCUUCUUUCCCUUGCACUCCGACCGCCGCCACCGAUUCUUCCCCGUUCGUUGACAUCGAUCAAGGAAAUAAGAACACCAUCUUCCAUUCUCUCUUGCUGAUCGAGACAUUUGAGUAUAUACAUAUUUACAUUACGCCUUCAACAAUUGAAACCCUAACACUAGUUGUUCCUCAGUUAUAUGCACUACACUAUUUAGGUAGUGAAUUGACUUGUUUUCUGUGUCCAUUAUCCUCAUCACAAAACGACAUCAAUUCUAGGGAUUUUUUCACAAAAUCUCAUCCUGUAUCCUCAUUCCACACGAUGGCAAGAACGCUUAACAACGGUGGCGACCUUGAUGAGUCUCGCUUCACCUCGUCGGCAACCUCCUACUUACCUCACCUUAUCGGCGAAUCCAAUUCCCCUCUACCUUACUCCAACUCGAUCGGACUCACCUCACUUACUUUUACCCACUAG